CGCUGUAAAAGGCAAUUAGUUCUCAGAAAGAGCUCAGCAUGACGUGGAGCAAAAUCCACCUGCAACGCCCACUCCAACUAGCCGCUUGUCAUUGUUCUGGUCCUGUAGGAACGAUGACAUCGACAGCACCGACACCAAUUCAAGAUGGCUACAGGGAGUUAGCUGGCCAGCUAGCAGAUCCAUUGCCAAAGCAGAAUGUCACCAUCUGGUUGAUUGAUUGAUCUACCGUAUCUGAAUAGAGAGUCUUGUCAACGUCAACUCCGCUUCCGCAUUAUUUUUCUAGGUAGUCUGUCUGAAGUGAGCUGAGUGAAGCUCCUUGUCACCGCAUAAUAUAAAACAUAUCUUUGAAUUCUUUUAACAGAGUUCUGCAAGAGAACAAGAAAGAAACAAUGAAAGCCACGAAGUGUUAUUAUUCACACCACAAGGUCAUGACGGUUCUGGCGCUCCUGUUCCUGUGCCCUGCGGUUGCCACGGAAGCUUUCUCCUCUGCUCGGGUAUCCUCUAUUCCAAGAGGAGGAAGCCCCGGGGCUUCGGAAGAGUUGCGUGGAGGAGCACGACUGCGUGCAUUGACCACCCAACGGGAAAGACGAUGGCGGCCCCUCAAACAGAGCAGUGUUGCUACGACGGGGCCAAGACUCUUUCCCAGGGGAGAAAACAGUACCAUGACUGCUACUCUAGUGGAAGAAGAAGUUAUCGAUGCCGUUUUCCCGGAAGCACCAGAUGCCGCUGUGGAGAAGAAGAAGAAGCAUUUCCUCAAGCGCAUCGACGGCAUUGUUUUUGUCUCUUACCUGUGCAAUGUCAUGGCUCUGUCGUUGCCAGUCCUUCUGGUACCCAUUGCUGCCACUGAACAUGCCACCACCAUGUCACUGUCUGCAAAGGCUGCCACUGUCAUGGUGGCGUCUCAAGUUGCCAGUAUCAGUUCCGUGGCUUCUUUGGGAGGUGCCUUGGGGAAGUUUGUGAAUGGAUUCAUCUGCAAAGAACUGGGAUCGUACUUUUGCAGCUCUGCGUAUUUGGUCGGAUUGGGAGUCUGUUCAUUGGCCUUCUCAUUGUCCACCAAUGCCCAAACCAUGUCUUACGCCUUUGCAGGCAUGGAGUUCUUUGCAUCCAUUCAAUGGGCUUCUCUGGCCGUCAUGCUUUCCAACUAUUAUGCAAAGGAGCCCGUCAAGUUGUCUGCUGCCUUGACAGCCUUGGGUUUGUCUUCCACCAGUGGACAGCUCCUGGCAAAGUUUUUUGGAAUGACCCUCAGUAGUGCCUUCCACUGGCGCCUAGUGGCUCAGCUGGGUGCGCUUGUGGCCUUUGGAGGGGCUAUGUUGAUCUCUCAAGCACCAGGACGUGAGGCUGCAGCAGAGGUUCAAAAGCAAAAGCCGCCUUUUGAAUGGAAGAGUGUCGCCCAUUCCCUCAAGGCGGUCCUAGGCAGUCCUCUGUUUUUGAUGCUGGGUCUGGCGCAUUCCAUGUCCUUUGUCUGCCGUGGAACAGAUCGUAUUCUCGGCACAUUCUUUCAAGAAAUGUCAUCCUUGCCACCUGCAAUUUCAGGAGGAUUAACCAUUACUAUUACGUUUGGGUUGAUCCAAGGACUCAUCUCAGGUGCCAAGAAGUAUGCUAAAUGCGCUACCCUGCAAGACAAGCGCAACUUUCUGAAGAAGCGAUACGUUGCUUGUAUCUCGGCAACCUUGGGUUUGGUUGCCUUGUCACAAGUGGGAGCGGGACUUCUCCCCAAUCGAUGGGCCAUGACUGCUGCCUUGGCACUGGUGUCUGGAAUCAUGGCCUCGAACAUCUCCUUUCAGUACUUUCAGUUCCCAGCCAUGAUUGCACAACGAUACGGCGAUCACAAGCCAGUGGUCAUCAGCUUUUUGGACGGGUUUGGAUUCCUCCUCUCGGCGCCCAUCUUUGCAGCAAUCAGCAAAAUCGUUCCUAGCAUGGGAUGGUCGUCUGGAUGGGGCUUGCUGGCCACUCUGUUCGGAUCCGCUGCCGUUUUGAUGUUAACGUGCAUCAACCCCAUUUUGAACCUCAGCAAGACGCCCGCUGAAGAAGAAUUGGAGAAGCAGCAGGCAGUUCCACUGAUGGAAUAGCCUGUCUGCCAACUUUUCUUUUUGCUCACGCCUCACAAUUUUGUUACAGUAUCUAGACACUCGCAUACACAACCCACAAGCAACGAAAGCACCCCGACACAAACAUUCAUAUUCGGACACAGGCGAUGAAAUCACAUCUGCACAAACGCUCGUUCUCGGCGGUUCUCAGUCUCGAGCCCAAGGUGUUUCUGUACGGGCCAGAUGAAAGGGUAUCAUAGCUUUACUACUAAGAAUCAUAGAAUCAAUCAAUCAUCUGC